UAGUUACAAUUGCCUUGAAAAGUCUCCCUCAGCCUGCAGAGAGCAGGUGAAGAGUGAAUUCCACAUUUACUAUUAAUAGGCCAAGGUCGAUAGAGUCUUUAACUCGCUAAUGAAAAGUACUGUGUCUUUGUGCAAGCCCAUCAAAGUAGGAAAAUAAGUGACACAAAUGGGACAACAAGAAAGAGAAAAGAGGUCAGAAACUCGCAGUCCUUGAUUUCACUCACAAAGUAUUCAGCUUUGUUCUUGUGCCAAAUAAAAAACACUUUUAAAGUCUCCUCUUACAUCUCAAAAGUAGUAAGACUAUAUAAGAUAUUACCAUUUUUCUUUCCCUGUUUUAUAAACAGUAGAUGUUUGAAGCUGUUCUUGUUUCAGGUUGAAUUUUACUGAAAAAUCUAUUGUUUUUUGAGAUAUCUGUUAGCGCCAGUGUUUUGGCUUCAGCUCCAGUCAAACAAAAUACAGUACUCAAUCUAAAUCAUUGUUAAGCCUUCACCUGCCUGUGCAUACAAACAUGGGAUUUGCAGACACAACAGAAAUCUGCCACCAGCCAAGUUUGUCUCUGUCAUAGAAAACCAGUGUAGAAAAGGUUGUUAGUUCAUUAUGUCUAACAACCAGCUAGAAACAGAGAGUGAGCAAGGAUGAGUGAGCGAUACACGCAGAUCGGAAGCAAAGGGGCUCUACUUCUAAUGGUGCUUGUGAUCAGUGUCUGGGAGAUGUCUGUACCAACAGAAGGCUCGACAGCGGCACACCAUGUCCGAACAGGCACCUGUGAGGUGGUGGCGUUGCAUCGCUGCUGCAACAAGAACAAAAUCGAGGAGAGGUCACAAACUGUGAAGUGCUCCUGCUUUCCCGGGCAAGUGGCCGGCACCACCAGAGCUGCCCCGUCAUGUGUAGAUGCCUCGAUAGUGGAGCAGAAGUGGUGGUGUCAGAUGCAUCCGUGCCUUGACGGGGAGGAAUGCAAAGUUCUUCCUGAUCUGAAGGGCUGGAGCUGUGCUACAGGGAACAAGAUCAAAACUACUAAGAUUUCUGCGGACAGAGACCAGCUUUGGUAAUGUCAAGAUACUUCACAGCAGAGUCCAGGGGAAUCAACAGUUCUUUGUUGGAUCAUCAAAGGAGAAGAGAGCAAUGCAAAGGACCUUUCUGUAAAUAAAGACUUCCUUUCUUCUGGACUGCAAUUAAUCUUUGGAAAACUCUGAAUGCUUCUUCUUGAACUCUACAGACAUCCAAAAAGAGGAGUAGAUCCUACUGAGCACUUCUUUUUGAAAGACUCCAUAUGAUUAGCCUUACCGGACAACAGGAUUUACUCUCUGACAUUGUACUGCUUGUAGUGGAAUACAAUGGUGAACUUUGCCUAUAUGUUUCUAGAGUGAUAUGUCCUUUACUGGGGAUUUUUUUUUUCUUUCAACCAGGGUGACAGCAGGUCAGUAUGUUGUAAGCAUUGCAAACAUUCAAUACAAAAUGAAGUGAUUUUGUUUUAUCAGUCAAUUGUGACUUUCAUCUCUAACAAAGUGUAGUUGCAAAGGUUCAAAUAUAGAUGGAAAUAUGUAGUUGAGCAGCGGAUAUUCAGGGUGGUUUUCAGAGAAAUACACAACCACAUCACAGCAUCAAUGCUUCAUUCGCUCUGUGUGACUUAACACACAAAGUUUGAUGUGAUUAUGCCAGAAAAACUAAUUUGAUUAUUCAGUUUGAAUCCCAGCAUAUAUUACAUAUUAUAUGUCUCCCCUGACAGUUUUUUUUUAUAAGCGAAUAGACAUAUGAAUUCAAAAAUAACCUAGAGGUGAGAAUAGAUAUGGAUAAAAGAUAUGUUCAUAUGCCAGAAUGCAACAUCAUCUCAAUAUUACUCAUAUCUCAUAACUACAAAAGAGAUGCAGUACAAUGUCAAAACAAGUGAAACUACCAGCUGUUAGCAGACAGAAAGUUGGAUCCAGUUGUGGUUUAUUUUUCUUCAGAAAAUCACUCUGCCAUUUCCUACUGCUUCUGCCAAUUUGUUUUUUUGUUUGUUUGUUUGUUUAUUUGUUUGUUUUUUUCAAUCCCAGCUCUGGAGUUCAGAUCUGACCAACCUGACAACAGGCGUGUAAAUUAAACACACAGCAUCUGGUCGCUGGCUGGGUGAUGACAACAACGUUCCCAAAACUGUUUUCAACUCAAGUAUGACUUGCUGAUCACCUUUCAGUAGAUAUCGCUGACACUUCCUUCGUCUAUGUAAGUGAUGACAACAGUAAUAAACUAUGGUUGUGUAACUAAA